CUGAGCCCUUUCACAUCAUCAUACCGUUUUUUUGGACAUUCAAACAAGGUGGGACAGAAGACGAUUUGAACUCCCCUCUGGCCAAUAACCAAGCGACCCCACCCCUCUCCGCGCUAAAGAAAUCUACUGCUUAUAUGAGCAAUCAGCAGUCCCGAGAAUGCUCAUUCAAUCUACACCCCACCAGAUUAAGAAGACCUCUGUGCAUUUUUUCUCACACAGAGUUCAGACAUGCCGUCAGUGGCACUUGAGAUACUUGGAGUAACUCUGGCUGUACUGGGAUGGUUCUUGGCCAUUGUAUCCUGCGCAUUGCCCAUGUGGAGAGUGUCGGCCUUCAUCGGGGUCAACAUCGUCACGGCGCAGACCACCUGGGAGGGCAUCUGGAUGAACUGCGUGGUGCAGAGCACGGGCCAGAUGCAGUGCAAAAUCCACGACUCCAUGUUGGCUCUGAGCUCGGAUCUCCAGGCCGCCCGCGCCCUCACCAUCAUCUCCAUCUUGGUGGGCAUGUUAGGGGCCCUGGUGGCAAUGAUGGGGGCCAAAUGCACCAACUGUGUGGACGAAGAGUCGACCAAGGCUCGCGUGAUGAUCGCCGCCGGGGUGGCCUUUAUCCUGGCGUCCUUGACCCAGCUGAUUCCCGUGUCGUGGUCUGCCCAUAGCAUCAUCGUGGAGUUUUACAGUCCGAUCAUACCUGAGGCCCAUAAGAGGGAGAUAGGAAGGUAUUUCAGCAUGUCUGUAGGAUUAGAGUUGAUAGGCAUCUGCCUGUGCAUUUUGGGAUGGAUUAUUGCCAUUUUGGCGUGCACCCUCCCCAUGUGGAGGGUGACGGCCUUCAUCGGCAGCAACAUUGUGACCGCUCAGAUCAUCUGGGAGGGCCUAUGGAUGACCUGCGUGGUCCAGAGCACGGGCCAGAUGCAGUGUAAGGUGUACGACUCCAUGCUCGCCCUCUCCCAAGACCUCCAGGCCGCCCGCGCCCUCACCGUCAUCUCCAUCCUGCUCGCCAUCCUCGCGGUGCUCAUUGCCAUCGCCGGGGCCAAGUGCACCAACUGCAUUGACGACGAGGCGUCCAAGUCCAAGGUGAUGAUCAUCUCGGGGGUGUUCUUCAUCAUUGCCGGAGUCAUGCAGCUCAUCCCCGUGUCCUGGUCGGCCAACACAAUAAUCAGGGACUUCUACAACCCGUUGCUUACCGACGCUCAGCGAAGGGAGCUGGGGGCCGCGCUUUACAUCGGCUGGGCGGCGGCUGCCCUCCUGAUUCUUGGCGGCGGACUGCUCUGCUGCUCAUGCCCGCCACGCGAGACCAGGUACAAUCCUUCGCGAAUGGCCUACUCUGCCUCACGGUCUGCAGGUGGGCCAGGGUUGGAAAGGAAAGACUACGUAUGAAUGACGAUCGGAGAGGAAAAUAACUUGAGUCCCAAACCGGGUCUCCAAACUCAACUGAAGGUAUACUGAGGAAGAGAGCUGAAGGGAACGAGGAGACCGCGUAAAGACGGAUGUGCGUGAUUUUGUCUUCGACGUUGGGUCGCUCUGUUUGGCUCUGGCUGUUUUUCAGAGACCGAAAAUCCUAAAAAGGACUUUGGAGAGUAAAUCUCCUUUAAUUAUGUUUCAAAUGGGCAAAAAAAAUGAUGUUCUGUCUUUUUUAAAAGUCAACACGCUAUAUCUUACUGUCACAAUCAAGACCAAAUCAUAUAUGCUUUUUAUACAGUCAUGGCCUCUUAAUGUUUACCAGUGAAUUUUUUUUUUUACAAAAAUUGCCAUGACUGCUUUAUGAGUCACAUUCAUAGAAAGCCAGUGCUGUUAAGGGAACGUAGGAAUUGGAUGUGUUAAAUGAUACGAGUCAUCAAAGGGUUUGGGUGUGGUGUGUAAAUACUGCAAUAUGUGUGUCAUUAUUCCCCUGAAACUGUCAAGGCAAGUGAUGCAUGUAUUCAAUGCAGUUCUUAAUGUAUUGUGGGGUUGGUGGUGGGGGUGAGGACUUUGAGUGUCUUAAAAUAGGGACAGAGGGAGAACCAAACCAGUAACAAUCUUUGUGUGCGAUAAACGACUGCAGUAAAUAUAUAUGACAAGAUUUUUUUUUUUAAUAAACAUGACCGCUUUUUUUAAACACUGCAUAUAUGUUUCAUUUCAAACAAAUGAAUUAAAACUUCUGAAGAUCGAACACGUUCUCUUAGCAGAGUUAAACUGGAGACAAUACAAAAUGACGGCAUGCGUUCCAUCCAGGAGCCUUCGUAAGAGCACCGACAUUCGAUCCCAGGAGGCUCCAUUACCCACCACUGGCAACUUAACCACACACGCUCUCAACAAUUAGCCACAGGAUCAGUUAACGGUCAGAGGUGGGAAGUGGGAGUGCGCAGCAAAGGAGGCAUUUCAGACAGGCAUGAUUUAUUUGUUUUCCUCACAGACUUCUUUAAUCAUUGGUGGUUCUUUCCAACAAGCUUUGAAAU